AUAUGCAGUGUAAAGCCAGACUUGUUUUUCUUGUUUCGGCAUAUGUCAAGAAGGUAGGACGUCCUCCCGUAAGCAGCAAGGCUCAGUGCACAUCCAAUUUUGAAGAACGGUUGGUGUUGUUGCCUUGGAUUUGAACGCUCAAGCCACAUGAAAAGAUGUCAACACCUCCCGCAGUGGCUCCGCGAAAGGCUUCAGGAGUCAGAGUACUGAUCACUCCUGGAGAACAGCCUCCUUCUGGGGGGCUGUCCAUUCAGACUGGCAAAGAAAAUGGCACCAGAGCUGCAUCCACUGACACAUCUGUGCUGAAUGCAGACAGAGAAGUGGAGAUCUUAAACCAUUGCUUUGACGAUGUGGAAAGAUUCAUGUCACGCUUGCAGCAGGCAGCCGAGGCCCAGGGUGUUAUCAACCAAAGGAAGAAGAAGAGAAGCAGGAAAAGCAAGAAGGAAAAGAACAAUGAUGAUUUGUUGAGCUUGAAAGCAUUGCCUCCAUCAGAGCAGGACUUUGUGGAGCUCUUUCAGAAAAUCAAAUAUUCCCUCUGUCUGCUGGACCGUCUCAAGUCAUCCAUCUCACAACCAGAUGCUCCAGAGCUGCUGCAUCACAUUUUUGUGCCUCUCACUUUGAUGGUGAAAACAACUGGUGGGCCAGCAUUAGCUUCUUCUGUAGUCAGCCCAGCUAUGACCAGAGGUGCUGUUUCUUUGCUUCAGAAUCACUUGAGUGAGGAGGAAAAAGAGCUGUGGACUUCGUUAGGAAGCAACUGGACUUCAUCCUGUUUGAAACUUGAUGUUUCUAAGCCUCCAUAUUCACCUACCUUUAUGGAUGGGUGGCAGCCUCAGGCAUAUGACUCGGCUGGCCAGCUUUUGGAAGAUCCCAUCCAAGUGCAACACAAACAGGAUUAUGUCAGAGAAGGUGGGAAGACACAACGUCAGCAGGAACAAGCCCAAUCUGCAACAGAUAGCUAUGGGGGAGGCAUUGAAGAUGGAAAUGGUCUUCCACCAGAGGGCGAGAGACUCUACUGCUGCAGUUAUGAUUUUGUGGCCAGAAACAGCAGUGAACUGUCAGUGCUUCAAGGGGAAACACUAGAGGUGCUUGAAUCAUCAAAGCGCUGGUGGAAGUGUCGGAAUCGCUUUGAACAGAUUGGAUUUGUUCCCUAUAAUAUACUGGAGCCCCUGUCUGCUCUGAAUAAACCAGAACAAGACUAUCAAGUGGUUCGAAGAGAGUCAAAGAAAACCGCUGUUAUUCCUCGGACAAAAUACUUCUCAUAUACUCCAUCAAGCACAGAUCCAAGCAGUCCCACGCAUAGAAGCCCAAUGCGGGUUCAGAGUAUGGUUCUACCAUCUACCACCAUCAUUUCAGGAGAAAAUGAUGAUGAUCGAGUCUUGAUAAUGAAUGAUGAGCUUCUACAGCGACUAGCUGCAAGAAGAGAGUCACUUCAUCAGCCAGCGGCUCCUCGCCUGUCUAACACCACUGCUUCCCUGAACUACCACUCUCCAUCUGCAGAGGUGGAGGCAUGGCUCACUGAAAAAGGCUUCAGUCAAUCAACAAUUGAGUGCCUGGGAAUUUUGAAUGGAGCGCAGCUGUUUUCCUUGAAUAAAGAGGAGCUCUGCACUGUGACACCAGAAGAAGGAGCGAGGGUUUACAGCCAGAUAAUGGUUCAGAAGGCUCUUCUUGAGGAUGUUCACAAAGCUUCAGAACUAGAUGCAGCCAUGGAGAAGCAAAAGAUGAAGAUUGACUUGAAAUAAUGGAGUGAUGUGUGACGCAUAUCAGUAUCCACUAAGGUUCUAUUAAUCUUUUAAUCAUACACAGACAAACCUUACAUUACAUAACAGAUUAAUCAACAAAAGCCACACUGAUUUUCUCAUGGACAAACAAAUUAUUUUUGAUAUGUUCUCAGAAUAGACUCAGCAAGUGAUAUUCUUACUCUUUAGCUUUCAUUUUUUUUAUUUUACAGUUUACAUCUUUUUGAUAUACUUUAAGGCAGCAUUUGAAAUUUAAUAGCAAACACAAUAACCUAAAGUUAUUACCUUGUUAGUUCAAAUACACAUCAAAAAUACGUAUGACAUCUAAAACAUCAGCGCUGACUAUUUCCAUUGUGUUCUCUAGACAGUGAAAAGUUAAUUAUUGUAUAUAACACAGAAUACAAGUCACUAUAUUUGCAAUGAUAAAAUGUGUUUUUUUUUUUAUUCUGGCAAAGAUGGUUUAAUCAUGUAUCAUUAAAAAGACUUGAAGAAAUGUACAUUGUCAGUCUCAUUCCAUACUUCAAUACUGCAUAAAACAUCAUGAUCCAAGUACUUUCUUUCUUUUUUUUUAUAAGCUUUGCAAGACUAAAAUACGUCUGAUUUGAUACAAUUAUUACAAAUGAAACUGAUAGCACUGAGGUAAGUUAAUAUCAUGCAGAGAUGUGCUGUGAAAAUUACAUUACUUUAGCCGAGGUUAAUGAAUGAUGUUCAUCAGUGGUCCAAUGUACCCAUGUAAAAACAAUUCACAUUUCAGAUGUCAUAUAAUCGUCCUCUCACUUAACGUCCUUAGAGGUAGGCAGAUUUAUUUUUCUAGUUAAAUCAGGUAAUUUCCAAAAAGGUAGAUUAGAAAAAUUAUAGGAAACAUCUUUAGGGCAUAAAGACAAAAAUGGUAGAAGAGAAGGUAAAUAGCUUUGUUUUCACUUUUAGUGAAUACAUUACAUUCAGGUAACUCAGGUUUUGAGGAACUUUAAUAUGAAUUACCAAAAAGAAAGUCUGAUUCAUGUAGCAGUUUCUUUGAUUUUUGCUAAUGCAACAUAACAAGCACCAUGUUGGUUGCACACCAUGACGGUGUGCAUUCAGGUUACACAAUUUGAAUUGAUUGCAUUUUCUGUCCAAACACCUGAAUGAUUUUUAUUGCUGGUGUCUGUUUUUUCUGUGUUUAGGGUGCCCAAAACAUCUCAAUCAAAGCAAAAUAU